CUCCAGGUGUGCAGCCCCUCCAGGUGUGCAGGGUUCCCCCCCAGUGCCCGUUCAGUCACCACCUCACCACCAUCCCACCGCCGUGGGCACAGUGCCAGGUGUGCUAGGAGAUGGCGGACGCAGCGGGGUCGGUGUCCGAGCUGGAGAGGUCGUUCCGCAAGUUUGCCGUCCACGGCGACACCAAGGCGACCGGCCACGAAAUGUCGGGCAAGAACUUCGCCAAACUCUGCAAGGACUGCAAGGUCAUCGACGGCAAGACGACCACUGGCACCGACGUCGACAUAGUCUUCACCAAGGUCAAGGCCAAGUCAGCACGGGUGAUCACCUUCGAGGAGUUCAAGCAAGCGCUGAAGGAACUGUCUAAGAAGAGGUUCAAGAGCAUGGGGGAGGAGGAGGCUGUCGAGGCAGUCCAUGCCCUGGUUGCCGGCAAAGAGCCCGUUCUGGUGGGAGUAACGAAGGUGGCGAAAGCGGGCGCGGUUGACCGCCUGACCGACACGUCCAAGUUCACGGGCUCGCACAAGGAGCGCUUCGACCAGAGCGGGAAGGGGAGGGGGCGAGCGGGGAGAGAGGACCCGCUGGACAACACCGGCUUCGUGGCUGCUUACAAAGGCCAGGGGACCUACGACGACAAGGUGAAAGGAUCCAAGUGACAGGCUGGUGUCACUCAGGCCCUUCGGCCCAACAUGCUCCCCAUCUGUACUAGCCCCACCUGGCUUAUAUACCUCCAAACCUGCCCUAUCCAUGUACCUGUCUAAAUGUUCCCUAAACGCUGCGAUGGUCCCGGCCUCAACUACCUCCUCUGGCAGCUCUGUGUGGAAAAGUUACCCCUCAGGUUCCUAUUAAAUCUUUCCC